CUCCAGGGCAGAAAAAAGCAGUGAAGCCGGACCUGGGUCCGAGAUCCAUCCACACUGCGUCCUGUUUAUCAAAGGUCUCUCCACAGGUUUCCGACAGCGACUUGAUGUUCUCCUCUCGCCUCCUCUGCAGCUCUUCUCCAUCGUGAUCUUCGGCUGCAUCGCCAACGAGGGCUACAUCAACCGCCCAGAGGAGCCGGAGGAGUUCUGCAUCUUCAACCGCAACCAGAACGCCUGUAACUACGGCGUCUUCAUGGGCUCCAUGGCCUUCCUCUGCUGCGUGGCCUUCUUGGCUCUGGACGUCUACUUCCCCCAAAUCAGCAGCGUCAAAGACCGCAAGAAGGCCGUGCUGGCGGAUGUCGGCUUGUCAGCGUUCUGGUCCUUCAUGUGGUUCGUGGGUUUCUGUCUCCUGGCCAAUCAGUGGCAGGUGAGCAAGCUGGAGGACAACCCCCUGAAGGAGGGAGGGGACGCUGCCCGGGCAGCCAUCACCUUCUCCUUCUUCUCCAUCUUCACCUGGGCGGGCCAGUCCUUCCUGGGCUUCCAGAGGUACAAGCUGGGGGCCGACUCGGCCCUCUUCUCCCAGGAGUACACGGACCCCAGCCAGGACGUAGCCGGGGCCCCUUACACCUCCUUCGGUGGGGACGACCCGGAGAGCCCCGUGGGAGGAGGGGGGGCCGGGGGGGGGCAGGCCAACGGCGAUGAGGCCUUUGACGGCACCGGCGGCUAUCAGCGGCAGGACUACUGACGGGGUGGGGUGAAAUACACUGGGGGGGCUGUGUUG